AUGAUGAAAUCUUACUUGACUUCUUUAUUCUCUACAAUCACCAUAUUUUCUAGCGGAAUUUGCACAAAAAAUGAGAUCAGUAUCGAACUGACCACAGCCGAUUGUUUAUAUGCGGACACGACCGAGCCAAUUUUCAUUCAAUUUUUCGUGCUCAACGACCGAGAAAUCGUGGAGAAAAGCGAGAAAUUCGCGUUGACAAAAAGGGGUGACGUGAUGAAGAGAGGAGAGACGAGCCUCUUCCACAUUCACAAGGGAAGCGGCUAUUGCAAAGAGAAGCAACUCUGCACGAAUCUUUCCUUUGUUGGACUUUUCGCUGGCGAGAAAGGCAACGAGCAUGUCGGGUUCGACACAUGGAACGCUAACAAUAUCACCAUCACUUUUCAUUUCGACAAUCAGAUUCACAACUACAAUUUCGACUUCAGUCCAGAGGGCGGAGACUGCAUUCGACCGUUGCACUUUUGGUCACCCGAGUUUUGGCACAGAUAUGGUCCAGGAGCCGAGUUUGAGGAACGAGCAGAAGAGUACUCGAUCGGCGAAACUGUCAUGAAUCCCACAUAUCUCUUUUUC